UGUGCUUUACAGUGGGGCUUAGCAGCUCCUAUAUCUCAGCAUGGACACCCAGCAGGUAGCUAUCGCCAUCCGCAGUUCAGCACCGGGUGCACGCCAGCCCCCGGUUGGCGCCGGGCCAAGCUGGCACCGCCAGAUAUGAUUUGAGACACACAUUUUCUGUGGUGGUACCGAGUUGGGACGUCAUGCCAUCGUUCUGAAUGCCCACCAUGGCAGUCUCCCUAAGAAGCCUGGUCGCUAGGGAGACCUCAGCUGCAGUGGGCAGCGCUAACACUUAUUGUCACAGAUAGAUGGGAGAUAGAUGUGUGUGUGUGUGUGUGUGUGUGUGUGUGUGUGUGUGUGUGUGUGUGUGUGUGUGUGUGUGUGUGUGUGUGUGUGUGUGUGUGUGUGUGUGUGUGUGUGUGUGUGUGUGUGUGUGUGUGUGUGUGUGUGUGUGUGUGUGUGUGUGUGUGUGUGUGUGUGUGUGUUUAAAAAUCCAGGGCUGUAGCUAAGAUAAUGCGGUGGCAGGUGCUAUUUUCUUCUCUCCCACUCAGCUCUGGAAAAUGGAGCAGAGCAGGAGCUUGAGACAAGAGGCUGAGAUGAAACAAAACAAGGUGAACAGGCCUGGCGGACAAGAGGCAGAGGUGAAACAAAACAAGGUGAGCAGGCCUGGCGGACAAGAGGCUGAGGUGAAACAAAACAAGGUGAGCAGGCCUGGCGGACAAGAGGCUGAGGUGAAACAAAACAAGGUGAGCAGGCCUGGUGGACAAGAGGCUGAGGUGAAACAAAACAAGGUGAGCAGGCCUGGUGGACAAGAGGCUGAGGUGAAACAAAACAAGGUGAGCAGGCCUGGUGGACAAGAGGCUGAGGUGAAACAAAACAAGGUGAGCAGGCCUGGUGGACAAGAGGCUGAGGUGAAACAAAACAAGGUGAGCAGGCCUGGUGGACAAGAGGCUGAGGUGAAACAAAACAAGGUGAGCAGGCCUGGUGGACAAGAGGCUGAGGUGAAACAAAACAAGGUGAGCAGGCCUGGUGGACAAGAGGCUGAGGUGAAACAAAACAAGGUGAGCAGGCCUGGUGGACAAGAGGCUGAGGUGAAACAAAACAAGGUGAGCAGGCCUGGUGGACAAGAGGCUGAGGUGAAACAAAACAAGGUGAGCAGGCCUGGUGGACAAGAGGCUGAGGUGAAACAAAACAAGGUGAGCAGGCCUGGUGGACAAGAGGCUGACCACUUGGCAGGACAUUAAACCCAAUCAGUCUGGUCUAUUUCUGGUCAAUAAAGGAUGUGUGAAGAGUGAAAUAUGUAAUUGAGCAUUAAGAGGUUGUAAAACACAACAGAAGACUCCAGCAGCAGCAGCGCAUGUCUACAGCAGCCUGUUUAUUUAUGGCCUCUGUCACAAACACACACAACCUUGGAUGCAGGCAGGUGAACAAAAGGAGUGAGGUUGUUGCUGAGAUUUCCGCACCACCGUUCUGAAUGUAAAGAACUAGAGCUACCAGUUCAUAUCUCCUAUUCCUUUGUUUACAGUUUG